GGGGAGUGGGAUGUGUGUUCUUUGUAUUCCAGGGGCCUUUAGGAGUUGGAGAGGAUAGGCCGUGACAUCACAAAGAAACCCAUGGCACACGGGUGAGGCUGCAUUCUGACAAUGUGGGGUGCUGUUUUUUGGGUUGCCAGGGGCUAUUCUGGAAUGGAGAGGAUAGGCCAUGACAUCACAAAAUGGCCCAUGGCACACAGCUCCAUGCCCUGUCUGCGUUGGGGUUCUGGGAUCGCCGGGAGGUGGCGGCACUGCAGCGGAACAGGGGCAACCAGUGGGGGGGGUGCUGAGGGAGCUGCAGCGGCUCUGGCUCCGCCCCUUCCUGCAGCACCUGUGGUGGCCACCAGGGGCGCUGGACUUUGAGUGCCCCGACCAACAGGCGCUGAUCUGGCAGAUCUUGGCCACCCUGGAUGCGGCCAGUUGGGGCCAGGCCUUGCUGGUGGCCAGUUUGGGGUGCGAACUGGGACUGGGCCGGGUGGAGCCCGGCGGCGAGGGCUUACUGGGAGAACUGGUGGAGGCGGUGAAGGACUACACGGACCGGGUGGCCCUAAGGAGGCAGCUCCGCUACGAGUGUGCUGUGUGCAGGUGGGGCCUGCCCCGGGCACAGAUGCAGUGGCUGCUGGGCUGCUCAUGCCCACUCUGCCCUGAGUGCUUCCGGCUGCACUUCAUGGUGGGGGUCCAGGAGAGGGGGGUGGGGGCCCUGGGCUGCCCCAGCUGCUCCCGCCCCAACCUGCGUGACGAGGCCCAGCACCUCUGGUACUGGUCCACACUGGAACUGCAGCUCCAGAGCUGUUUGGACCCCGACACCUUUGGCUUUGUGACCCAGAAACUGAUGGAGCUGGACCUGCUCCAGGACCCCCAAUUCCGUCAUGUACUGCCCCCAGUGCUCCUUUGGGUUCAUCUUCGAGGCUGAGCGGGGCCCGGCCCAGUGUCCCCAGUGCCACCAGUGCUGCUACCCCCAGUGCCAGCACCCAGUGAGGGGGGGGGCUGGGUGGUUCUGUGAGGGUUUGGGGGAUCCUGAGGUGAGUUUGGGGGGAUAAAAAGGGCUUUGAGAGGUCACUGGGGGUGUUUUGUGGAUUCCCUGGGGGGUCUUUGGGGGUCUCUUGGGGAUCCC